AUGUCAGAUAUGGUUAAAUCAGCCAUGUCAGAUCUGGUUAAAUCAGUCAUGUCAGACCUGAAUGAAUCAGCCAUGUCAGAUAUGGUUGAAUCAGCCAUGUCAGAUCUGGUUGAAUCAUCCAGGUCAGAUCUGGAUGAAUCAGCCAUGUCAGAUAUGGUUGAAUCAGCCAGGUCAGAUCUGCAUGAAUCAGCCAUGUCAGAUAUGGUUAAAUCAGCCAUGUCAGAUCUGGUUAAAUCAGCCAUGUCAGACCUGGAUGAAUCAGCCAUGUCAGAUAUGGUUAAAUCAGCCAUGUCAGAUCUGGAUGAAUCAGCCAUGUCAGAUAUGGUUAAAUCAGCUAUGUCUGACCUAGAUAAAUCAGCCAUGUCAGAUAUGGUUAAAUCAGUCAUGUCAGACCUGGAUGAAUCAGCCAUGUCAGAUAUGGUUAAAUCAGUCAUGUCAGACCUGGAUGAAUCAGCCAUGUCAGAUAUGGUUAAAUCAGCUAUGUCAGACCUAGAUAAAUCAGCCAUGUCAGAUCUGGUUAAAUCAGCCAUGUCAGACCUGGAUGAAUCAGCCAUAUGGUUAAAUCAGUCAUUCAUGUCAGACCUGGAUGAAUCAGCCAUGUCAGAUAUGGUUGAAUCAGCCAUGUCAGAUCUGGUUAAAUCAGUCAUGUCAGACCUGGAUGAAUCAGCCAUUUCAGGCCUGGAUAAAUCAGUCAUGUCAGAUCUGGAUGAAUCAGCCAGGUCAGACCUGGAUGAAUCAGCCAUGUCAGAUCAGCCAUGUCAGACCUACAUAAAUCAGCCAUGUCAGACCUGAAUUAAUCA